AUGCUCCUGGCUGGCAUUCAUCGCCGCCAGGAAAAACACUCCCACCUGGUAAUUACGGGCCGGGUACGACCCGUUCAGCGCCAGGGCGAAGAAGGCAUCCACGAAGCACAUCCAGCGACGCCCAUCGGUGGCGAGCAGCCCGUCUAUGUUCCGGCGGAGCUGCUCGAACUCAAGGCGAAACAACGGAAGUACAACCCCAUGAGCUGCGUCACCCGGGACACAAGGGGCGCAAGCUCCUGGUUGACUUCUUCCCAAAAACUGCGGCCGAAGAUCCAUGUCCAGAGAGACCGCCACCAGCGUGAGCUUUGGGAGACGCGGCGGCUGCGCCGGUUCUCUGCGAAUUGCAUGAUCAUAAAAUACCGGGCGAUUACUGCCACGGUCUCAAGGCGCGCAGUCUCCAGACGGGCCUGGGUGGCCGGGUCGGAGGUUGAUGUCGGCUGCUGGCUUCGCUGCAUGGCUGGGAUCGACUGGUGGAGAUAUUCGAGGGCGAUUUGCACCGGAGGUCUUCUGUCUGUUGGUUCCUCGAUGAUGGGCCAGGCACGAGUGCUGAACUCGGGAAAGCCUCCACUUGAAGAUGAAGACGAGGACCAGGGAAUCUCAUCGGUCACCAGUUGA